AGAAAUAAAGAUCCGAUCGGUACAUUAGCGAGUGACAAGUUUGAAUAGAACGACAAAAGAGGGCAUUCGUGAUACAUCGGUAAAGAACUUUCUUCGCUCUCUCUGUCUCUUUCUCUCUCCCUCUCUCUCUCUCUCUCUCUCUCUCUCUCUCUCUCUCUGACCGUGGCGGUGCGGAAGGCAAACGAAUAAAAAAAGACCGAACAAUCUUAUCCAAAAGUCAGAAAGGUAUCGCAACGUGUUUCCGAUGUGUGUUUAAAAUAGCCAUGCGACUUCCCCUUCCUCAUGGUAGUUAUCGAGGGAGGAGCAAGCGACUCUGACGAGACCUUUCUCUCUUCCCAUUCAUAAAUAGUGAGAGAGAGGCACUCGCUGCGGUCCGCCCGAGGCGCAACGACUACGCGAGUCGUAAGAGCGCAUGUUGCAUAGAUGUAAAAUCACAUAGAGUGAAAAGGAACGAAUGAGAGAAAGAAAAAGAAGGAAAGAAAGAGAGAGAGAGAGAACGGUAGUAUGCGCGAUCGGAUUACGGGCGGGUGGGUGUGCGCGCGCGCGCUCGCUCGCUCGCUCGCUCGCCGGUUGCUCGCUAGAAUCGCGCGGUAGACGUUCUACUAGGUGGGGGGCAGUGGACAGCUGAUCGCUGCCUUCGACGGACGGUCGUUCUCGCGUCGCUCUGAUUUCGAGAAAACGCUAGGGAGAGAGACAGAGAAAAAGAGUGAAAAAGGGAUAACGCGCGCGCGCGCGCUUCCGGUUGGUGUGCAACUCGAGAUAAUAAUUAAACGAAGAGAUUCUUAAAGGAGAAAAUAAAAUAAAAAACGAAAGAUAAGAAGGAAAAAGAGAAAAGAAAUAGAGCAUACGAGGGAAAACGAGUGAACACGAGGCGCACUCUUGAGAGGAACAGAGAAAAAACAGAAAGAGAUAGAGAGAGAGAGAGAGAGAGAGAGAGAGGAGGAGGAGGAGGAAAAGAGUCUCUGACGAGUGGGCGCGCGCGCGCGCGCCUUCGGACGGACAAGUGACACCGCGCUACGCGUUACGAAUAUACACAUGUAUACAUAUUCCUGAGAAAAAAAAUAUCUUAAUCGAAGUUUAAAAAGAGCCCGGGAGCGCGAUCGACCGAUCAAACCGUUUUCAACGACUUGUUCGCGUAUAUUUAACCUUUCGACACGACGACUUCUUUCCUUCUCCAAUGGCCGCCGUCCGGAAACUCGUCCCAAAUAAAAAGUGUCCGUUCGAUAUAAUAUAAAUACGUGCGAGAAUUAAGCUUCCCGGAAUAAUUUCUUUGCAACGUGGCCAAAAACAGGUAAUCCCUGCCAAGAGGAUGGGGGCCCACGAUGGGGGAGUGCCACUGCUCUAACAUCGCUAUCAUGCAGCUGUUCCACGAGCUGAAGCAGCAGUUCCCUGCGCUCCCUGAUUACGUCGUCUCCCAGUGCAUCGCACAGAUGCGUGUGCGUUGCAGAACAGCCACGACAAGGAGAUAUGUGCAAGAAGUCUACGAGCAACCCAAGAAUCGCGUCCAACACCGGGCGCUUUUCCACUGCCCCCACCUGCUGCUGCUGUUGCUGCUCAACAUCAUCAUCAAUCGCAUCAGCAGCAGCAACAGCAGCAUUAUCAGCAACAACAGCAACAACAACAGCGUUGCUGCGCAAUGAAUCACCAAUCAUUGCAACGCAUUACGUCGAAUGGCAACGGUUCGCGACCUCCUAGGCCAGCCUCAUUGGACAUCGGCGUGGCGCGACGUUAUCCUAUUGGCUGUUCACGUACCGCGGCAUCACCAUCCGUAACUACGAACGAACCACUUGCACCCUCUUCCGCACCUGCGGCUUGCAAAGCGCGCGGUUUUUUUGAUGACGUCCCGUCCGCAAACACCAAUGGCAACAAUUGCUCAAGCAGCAAUGUUGCUCCUGGAUUCGAACUCAAUGUUAAUGUCGCCUGCAGUCCUGCGGGCAACCGCGACUUCCGAACGGUGCCGACAAUCGGUACAUGUAAACGAAGCGAUCUCGUUGUCGAACCCCGACCCCAUUACGCGGAACCUCAGUUGGCUGUAGGAAAAAACGCUGGACAAUUUGAUCACGCGCGAAGUUACACAUCGGUUAGCUUGACACUGAGGCCACCAUCAUCAGAACCACAGGCACCAAUCGACAUCAGGUCGCAAGGCUCGAGUUUAACAUAUUCGACCUCGUCUUUGGACCCACGAGGAUUUCAAAGCCGCUUGCAGAUUAGCAUCGGCCCGGGAAGCGUUGGCAGCGUGGCUGCUGCAAGAAUCAGACCACCAAUGGGUCCGGCCAGACCUAACAGCCUGCUUCCCCCUGCUCAAAUUAGUCCGCAGAGGCCUCCAGGACUUCCUGCCGGACCUCCGAGUCAGCUGCCAAGGCCGACGACAACAAUGAGUGCCCCGACCACACCUUCGGUUCCAACAAUAACGAAUAUUAUUUCGUCUAAUAGUCUCCCUGCGACUCCGUCUGAACCAACGGCAAUCUCUCCUCCCUCUAGUCCCGUUAAAGAAAAACCGUUAAUCGGCCAAGAUCAGAAUCGUUCGCCGUUAAACCAAGUGGCAGAACAUCAAAGAAAACUGGUCGCUGAACAAUUAGCAAGGAAGGAAAGACUCGCCAAGGAAUUAAGAGCCGAAAAGGGACGACUCGAAGCAAUGAAGAAAGAACUGCAGUCUCUAGCGAGACCCCCAGAUUCUUCGAUAUCGCCUCAGGAACUGAAGAAAAAAUUACGAAGCGAAAUUUACCAAUUGCAAAUCGAAUGCGACAGACUUGCAGACGAAGUGGAUCAGUGGUCGGAUCCACGAGUACCUUUAGGUGAAACAAAUGAAGAAUUUUAUCAGGGCAUUUAUACCGGUCAACCUUUUCUACCGUCCUCUCAUCUGGCACCACCGCCGUUGCCAAGUCAGCCACCAGUUUGGCAACCCUCUACGGGUAAUGCUGAUGUAAAUGAUAGAGAAGAAGAUAGGGAUGGACCUUCGUGGGUUUGCAGGAUGUGUACCUUUGAUAAUCAUCCGUUGAUGAAUAAGUGUGAACAGUGUGACAUGCCGAGACUUUUGGAUCAUGGCAAUGCAGGUAGGAUACAUGGAUUGCCGCUUGAACAAGUCAAUAUGUCAAACUCAUUUAAUAAUCUUCUACAAGAGUUGUUCGAUCGAACAAACAAACCGUCCUAACGGCAUGUUUUUUUUCUUUUUCGUUUGAUUUUAUAACGAGUUUUGAAUGAUUUAUUGAGUGGUUUAUUGAAUGAUUAAACUGAUACCAAGAAUUUAUAAAACCAUUUACUAAUCUUGUAAAAUUUAUUUAUCAAAUAAUUAUUUCUUCACAAUUUUUUAAGUUACCUUAUAAAAAUACUCGAUCAAGGACGAUUUCAUUUAUUAACUUGUUAAUUGGAAGUAUUUGCGAUUAAUGUAAAUUUAUUUAAUUAAAAAUGAUAUAAUACGGAGAAGAAAUUUUUGACAGAAAAUGAAUAAUUUAAACAUAUAAUGCUUUUUUAAUAGGAGUGAGAAACAAAUGGUUUAUUUAUUCAUUUAUCACAAGAGAAGUUAAAUCUUUGCAACGAAUUAAAUAGCCCGGUUAAGAGAUAAAACAAUUUGAUAAGAUUUGUUAAAGUAUUUGAUUUUUAUCAAGUUAGAAUGAUCCAUAACUUUGGUGGAUUUAUUAUUGUACAUAAUUUCAAUGAAUUUGUUGUUGUAUUUAUAGUUAUUAAAAUGAAUCGUACGUAUUUCUAAUCAGUGAAUACAGUACAAUGAUGGAAAGUA